UUUUCUCUAGGAAAUGAUACACCUGAAGAACUACGAAAGAAGUUAAUAAGGAAGAUGAAGUUAAUUCUGAGCUCAGGGUCUGAUGAAGAAUGUGCAAUUUGCUUGGAUUCUCUAACGGUUCCUGUUAUAACACAUUGUGCACAUGUCUUCUGUAAACCCUGUAUUUGCCAAGUCAUCCAGAAUGAGCAGCCACAUGCUAAAUGCCCUUUAUGCAGAAAUGAUAUACAUGGAGAUAAUUUAUUAGAAUGUCCUCCAGAAGACUUGGCAUGUGACACUGAGAAAAAGUCUAACACAGAAUGGACAUCCAGUUCAAAGAUUAACGCCUUAAUGCAUGCAUUAAUUGACUUAAGAAAGAAGAACCCCAACAUAAAAAGUUUAGUUGUUUCUCAGUUUACAACGUUUCUGUCUUUAAUAGAAACACCACUCAGAGCUUCCGGAUUUGUGUUUACUCGUUUGGAUGGUUCAAUGGCCCAAAAGAAAAGAGUUGAAUCGAUUCAAUGUUUUCAAAACACUGAAGCAGGAUCUCCAACUAUAAUGCUUCUAUCCUUAAAAGCAGGUGGCGUUGGUUUGAAUCUUUCUGCAGCUUCUCGAGUGUUUUUAAUGGAUCCAGUAAGUUGUUUUAUAGACUUUGUGGUAUGUUAUUACUUCUUUAAAAAAAAAAAAAGAAAAAAGAAAAAAAGAACAAAAAGUACUCGGUAAGUACCUUCAUAGCUAUAAUUUUGUGGAAAUUCCUCAGGCAGACUUUAGAAAUAGAUAACUUAUUAAACGUGUAUCAAGGGCUUUCUCUUAAGUGCUUUCCAUAUAUCAAAUGAAAUUCUCACAACUUCUCUAUGAGGUGGAUCUUAUCCUUAUUUGCAGGUGAGGAAACCGAAGCAUAGAGAAGUAAAAUAACUUGCCCAACAUCACACAGCUAGUAUUUUGCAAACCAGGGUCAGAGUUCACGUCCUUAAGUCCUGCUUUUCUACUUCUCUUCUAAAUACAGAAUACCUUUCUGUUAACUUCAGUGCUUUAAGGGUAUUCAUUCGUCCAACAUACGUACAAUAAGAUCUGCUUUGUGUCAGGGACUCUUACAGGUACUGGGAAUCUGGCGUAAACACGAUAGACAAAGUAGCUACCCUCAUGGUGCUAAUGGUCUCAAGCUUUAAUGUGCAAAAGAAUUACGUAAAUGUAAUUUCUGACCUCUUUCCCCAGAGAUUUAGAAGUAUUGGAUGAAACGCAGGAGGCUGCAUUUUUAUACAGACUAUAGGUGACUCAGUUACAAGUGGUCAGCAUCACAGUUUUAGAAACAAGACCAUUAAUGGAAUGUUUGGAGUGAAUUUUCGUGGCUGCGUAAUAUGGGCCUAAAGGUAGAGGUGGGAGCUAAACUUCACUCUCACUGUGCUCACCAAAGUGUAUGACCUGGAGCUGCACCCACAUAGGAGCUCUUUUCGUGAUUGCACAAAGGAGCUGGUUUGGGCAGGAGGCACUCUGGACUACCUCAAUCUCCAAUUUGCAUUGGGUACUGCUUGGCUAGAGGCAACCUUGAGCUGUUCCUGUGCAUUCACAGGUUUAAGAUUUGUUGUUUUAGCUUGUCUAAAACUCAGAAAAUUCAUAACAAAAGACAUUUUAUUGAGACACAAAUUUGAGUUAUUCCAGUUAGGCUAUCCUGGAUGUAUGUUCCUGUUCCAUGUCUUUUUUUCCUCCCUUGAGAAUAACUUUCCGAGUAAGAUUACAACCAGAGCCAUACAUAGGCAUUAAUGUCAUGGAUGACAGUGGUCUGUUGUAUUUCCUUGCUUUAGUUCUGUGGAUGUAGUUUUAAAUCUUUGCUAGAGUUUUACUGUUUUAUGGUUAUUAUAAAAAAUAUUCAUUUUAACUACAGAUAGUUACAUACUAAUUAACCCAAUGAAAAUCCUAGAAGCUGAUUUUUGGAACUGAUUCCCAAAUUAUUUUCUUCGGUUAUAAUCUUAGUACUUGAGAACGAGUCUGUUAAUACCAAACAUAGUAAUUUAAUUAGUAUUACAAAGUUGAUCAGAAACUAAAACUCUUUAGCAGUUAUAGUUUAAAAAAACGUAUAGAAUGUUUUAGCAGUUUUGUAGUAAGUUGUUUGAAUAUUUCAAGCUUUCACAUAUUGUUUCUAACUUUAAAACAAAAGCCAAGU